AAAAGUAUAUAAAAAUAGUUGACAAAUAUAUAAAGAUAUUAUUAAUUAAUAUUAAAUGAGAUUUUUGUUCAAAAUAAUACAUGAAAGAUAAAAUUAAAAUUAAUUUAAAAUAAAAAAGACCUUGAUAUUAGUCAUUUUUCAUAUAAAAAAAUAAAAUUGGAUCCGUAAAUAUGGGUGGCACAGAUCGAAUAUCUGCGUAUUUGGAAGCCUUCGUAUAGAUUCGAUCUUUAGCCACCUAGAUCGGUGACUCGGAUAUCCGAAAUGUUUUAGAAUUUUAAAAAAUAUCUGAUUCGAUCCAUAAAUAAAAUAAAGUUUAAAAAUAAUUGAAAAAAUUAAUAAUAACAUUUUAUUACAAAAAUAAAACAUUAUUUAACUUUUAAAAUUCUAGUACCUUAUAUAGGGGUGUCAAAAUGGGUUGAAAUUAAUGGGUUGACCCAAACCAAACCAAUCCAUGGUUCUAAUGGGUUAACAAUUUGGAUGUUAAUGGAUAAAUGGUUUUUAUGGGUUAAUGAGUUUAGUGAGCUGGAUUAAUAUUGGUUUGGAUCAAAAUGGUUUAUGGAUUAUCCAAUCCAACCCACUUUUUCUCACAUAAUUUUUUAGUCUCUCUCUCUCUUUCUUCUCUCACGAGACGCUCUCUCUUUCUCGAUCUCACGAGACCUUCAUCAUCGAUCACGACAUCGAUCAACCCUUUUGGGUCAUUGCUUUUGGGUUAUCGAUCGCAACACAUCAACUCAUCUUCCUUAUCUUCACUACCAAGGAGACCAAACACUGAGUAUCACCACUACUCUUCCACCAGCGUUGUAUCAACAUCCUUUACGUGUUUGUGGAACACUUGUAGCAGCAAGGUAUCAGUGAUUGUGGAACACUUGUACUACAAGUCUUGUAGCAGCAAGGUGUCAACAAAGAUGAUGAAUAAUGAAGAUCUUCUAAACAGUGGUGGCCAAUCAUCCACAAGUGCAUCACAAACGGCUCUAAUGAUAAUGGUGAAGGUGAGACGGUUGUUAUUAGACCGAGUCCAAAUGAUGUGGAAGACAUGAUCACACGUCCACCAAAGGAGUGAAACAAUGGGCAGACAUAACAAGAGAAGUGAACGAAAUGAUGAAGUGGCUCGAUUGGAAUUAGAGACUUUUGUUUGUGUUCUAUUACCAAACGACCAUAGUUCUUGUUAAUGUGUAAUGGUGGAGACUAGAGAGGCAAUCUUGUUUUUCUUGCUAGACAUUUGAUUUUCUGUUAAUUCAAAUAUUUUGAUGAGUUAUAUUAUAUAACUUGAGAAAAGAAAAUUAUAUAAUUUGCUAAUUUUUGAUUAGCAUUUUUAAUUA